AUGGCGGAUCAAGUAAAGGAGAGGACUUUAGAGGAGACCUCUACGUGGGCCGUCGCUGUGGUUUGCUUCGUCUUACUAUUCAUUUCCAUUGUCCUUGAACACUCCAUUCACAAAAUUGGAACUUGGUUCAAACAGAAGCACAAGAAGGCUCUUUAUGAAGCUCUUGAAAAAGUCAAAGCAGAGCUUAUGUUGUUGGGGUUCAUAUCACUACUCCUAACAAUUGGACAAACACCAAUCUCAAAUAUAUGCAUCUCCAAAAAAGUUGCAUCAUCAAUGCACCCUUGCAGCGCCGCACAAGAAGCUGAAAAAUACGGCAAGAAAGACUCAGGCAAAAAAGGAGACGAUGAGGAAAAACCAAGUCAUAGACUUCUCCUUGAGUUAGCUGAAUCUUUUAUCCCUAGACGAAGUUUAGCUACCAAAGGUUAUGACAAAUGUGCAGAGAAGGGGAAAGUGGCUUUUGUAUCUGCUUAUGGUAUCCACCAGCUGCAUAUAUUCAUCUUCGUGCUCGCGGUGGUUCAUGUUAUCUACUGCAUUGUCACUUAUGCUCUCGGAAAGACCAAGAUGAGGAGGUGGAAGCACUGGGAGAAUGAGACCAAGACCAUAGAAUAUCAGUAUUCCAACGAUCCUGAGAGGUUCAGGUUUGCGAGGGACACAUCUUUUGGAAGAAGACAUCUCAAUUUCUGGAGCAAGACUAGUGUUACUCUAUGGACAGUCUGUUUUUUCAGACAGUUCUUUGGAUCAGUCACCAAAGUUGAUUACUUAGCUUUGAGGCAUGGUUUCAUCACGGCUCAUUUUGCUCCAGGGAGUGAAAGAAGUUUUGAUUUCCGCAAGUAUAUUCAGAGAUCAUUAGAAGAAGACUUCAAAACUGUUGUUGAAAUUAGUCCGGUUAUCUGGCUUGUAGCAGUGCUAUUCCUCUUGACCAACACAAGUGGACUACGUUCUUACCUCUGGCUACCAUUUAUUCCACUCGUUGUGAUUCUAAUAGUUGGAACAAAACUUCAAGUCAUUAUAACCAAACUGGGUCUAAGAAUCCAAGAGAAAGGUGAUGUGGUGAGAGGAGCCCCAGUGGUUCAGCCUGGUGAUGAUCUCUUCUGGUUUGGCCGCCCUCGGUUCAUUCUUUUCCUAAUCCAUUUGGUUCUUUUCACGGUACGUUUCAAUAUCCUUAACCACUCGGUUCAUCCUAACGGUAUGAUGAUAAAACUCAUAAGCCCUUGA